UCGUCACAUAUCUUGAGCGACUUAAAACUGGGAGGAGUGCAGAUAAGAGAGGAGAGGAGAAAGAAUGGAGAGAAGAAGCCUUGUGUUAGGGGCUCGUUUCAUGGCAUUGUGUCUCUUGGUUGCCCAAGCAUUAGGAGAUACCCAGAACAAGACGGCUCCGAGGGUUCCGGCAGUCAUCGUGUUCGGAGACUCGAUCGUGGAUCCGGGCAAUAACAACGUUCUGCCAACCCUCGUCAGGUGCAACUUCCCUCCCUACGGACAGGAUUUCGUCCGUCACCAGCCCACCGGAAGGUUCUCCAAUGGAAGAAUCCCUUCGGACUUGAUAGCCUCCAAGUUGGGUGUGAAGGAAUUGGUGCCCCCAUAUUUUGGCUAUGACCUUAAACCCGAAGACAUCCUAACUGGGGUGAGCUUUGCUUCUGGCGCAACUGGAUACGACCCUCUCACCCCAACCCUUUUGAACGUUCUAUCAAUGACGGAGGAGCUCAAGCUAUUUAAGAAGUAUAAAGAGAGGCUAAAGGCCAUAGCCGGGGAAGAAAAAGCCACAAGCAUUGUGGCCAAGAGUCUAUAUGUUGUGUGCAGUGGAACCGAUGAUAUUGCCAAUACUUACUUCACAACUCCAUUUAGGAGGCUACAAUACGACAUUCCUUCCUAUGUGAACUUGAUGAUACGUGGGGCUUCUAGUUUCCUCGAGGAAUUACUCCAAAUGGGAGCCCGGAAGAUUGCAUUUGUGGGUCUUCCCCCCAUAGGAUGCGUACCAUCACAAAGAACUCUUGGAGGAGGAAUCGAGAGAAAUUGCGAACCAAUGCGUAACCAAGCAGCACAGUUGUUCAAUUCUAAGAUACAGAAGGAGGCCGACAGACUUAGUAGAGAACAUAAGGGCGUACAAAUUGUCUACAUCGACAUCUACUCCAUGUUAAUCGAUCUUAUUUUCCAUCCCUCAAAAUUCGGAUUUGAGAUAUCAGAUAGGGGAUGUUGCGGUACCGGAGAAAUAGAGGUUACAGUCCUGUGUAAUAGGGUGACGGCUUCCGUCUGUCCAAAUGUUACGGCGUACGUUUUCUGGGACAGUUACCACCCAACUGAGAGAGCCUACAAGAUCAUGAUUGACAAAAUUUUCAAAGACAACAUACAACUCCUGAUGUGAGGAUAUAAUUUUCUUGUCUUCAGGGUCUCGCCAAUGUUAUUCACUUUAUCUACAAGCUUUAUUAAGUACCUAGAGUGUAUUCUUCGAGUAAUUUAUUUCGAUGUUGCGUGGCAGAGUGUUCAAGCAAUCUUAGUUAUGUAAAACUCUAUUUGAUUUAGUGCUACUCCCCUAAUUAUAAACCCCAUUUUCUUGGAAGUUACCAUCA